UCUGAAUGCUCGAUUGUUCGCUGUCGGAGUGUCGGAUUUAUUUUGAAUUGUCUGCUCUGGGAUACAACAAUGAGAAAAAGUGAGGUCCUGGCGGCUGACACCAUUUCCUGCCUGAACAAGGCUCUGUCCCACCUGAAGGACAUCUGGGAGCAGAUCGGGCUGUCUGAGGACCAGAGGCUCCAGAGGACCAACGCGGUGAAACAGCACAUCCAGGCUCUGCUGGAAAUGAUGAUUAAAGAAGAGGAAACUCUGAAGCAGAAACUCCUGAGCAGCAUCCAGACAUGCAGGGCAGAAAUGGACCAACUCUACCUGGAACUACAGAUGGCUGUUUUUGAGGAGGAGGAGGGUCUUAGCAUACUCCAGCAGGAGAUCAACCUUCGCACACAGUUGGAGGCUCUGAAGAUGGAGAAGACCCAGCGGAUGCGGCAGCUCAAGCUUCUGCUGGAGCAGGACCAGGACCUGUGUGACAUCUUGUGCUCGAUGCCGUUCGGCAUCGCCCCAGACUCCGUCCCUUCCCUGGAACAACUGGAGAACUUCCAGCAGCACAUCUCCAACCAGAAUAAAGAGAAGGCAAAGCGACAUGCAGAGUUCAUGGAGCUCAAGAAGCAGAUCACUUUGCACAUGGAAGAGCUGGACCGCAUCCCAGAGAGCAGCUUUGAAAAGGACGUGGUCUGUGAGGACGAGGACUCCUUCUGUCUAUCCAGAGACAACAUCACAGCUCUCAGACUGCUGCUCUGUCAGCUGCAGGAGGUGAAGGCAGAAAACGAGUUGACGUGUGAGAGUCUCAGAGAGAGGAUCCAGCAGCUGUGGGACCGGCUGCAAGUUUCUCAGGAGGAGAGGAAGGCCCUGAACGAACACUUGGUCUCUUCCAGGAAGAAGAACCUGGAGGCGUUACAAGCAGAAGUUGAACGUUUAGAGACACUCAAAGUGCUGAACCUCCGCAACGUGACCGAAGCAAUCCGCUGUGAGAUCGCUGUGUUCUGGGAGAAGUGCUUCUUCAGCGCUGAUCAGAGGCAGGCUUUCGCUCCAUAUUUUAGUGAGGACAUUAAUGAAGAGCUACUGGCUCGUCAUGACGCUGAGGUUCAGCGUUUGAAGCAGCAUUAUGAGGACCACAGGGAGCUCUUCGAGGGGGUCAACAAAUGGGAAGAAAGUUGGAGACUCUACUUGGAUCUGGAGAAAAAGGCGACCGAUCCAACGAGGUUCACUAACAGAGGAGGGAAUCUUCUAAAAGAAGAAAAACAGAGGUCAGAGCUGCAGAAAAACCUGCCAAAGCUUGAAAAAAAACUAAAAGAUCAAAUAGACGCCUGGGAGAAGGAAGAGGGCCGGGAGUUCCUGGUGAAUGGCCAGAAGUUCCUGCAGUAUGUGGCUCAACAGUGGGAGCUGCACCUUUUGGAAAAAGAAAAAGAGAAGCUUCAGAGGCACAUGAAGAAGAGCAAGCAGACGGAGGAGGACAUGCUGUACGGCACAGCUAUAAGAACCCCAACGAAGCGCCGCUUCCUCGCCACACCUACCUCCAAUAAAACACGAAAGUUUAAUGCAACUUCCAGCCUUUACAGCGCCACCACCAACAGCACCAUGCGCUCUGCAUACGGAGGAACGCUCUGUCACUCACCUGUGCUUCGUCUCCCCCUCUCUGCAAACAUGGCUUCAGCAGCACGGACACCUGGUGGCGGUAAGCCCCCCCAUCCAAGAGUUCAGGGCUGUAACAAGGAGAACCAAGGCCAGCUGAAGGGGAGCCCUCUGAGUGGUGCGUUGCAGACCCCACCUUGUGCACAGCUUAACCUCAGCAUAGCAUCUGUUGCCAGCACAUAUUCAGAGUUUGUGCGAGACCUGUCCAAGACCUCUAACUCCAAAAUCCAACCCAGUGUCCUGAACUCAACCACAGCCAACCUUUGA